CCGCGCCCUUCACCCUGGAGUACCGAGUCUUCCUCAGCUAGUUUUACAGGUGUCCAACUCAGGCAGUGUCUAAUGGGAAAAGGAAAACCACUGAGUCACCCCAGAAAGGUGCCUGGAGAUUGUGGGCACUGAGGAGGGUCAAGUCCAGCCCCUAGUUCUGCAGACAGUGAAACUGAGCUGGAUCAGGAGCGGUCAGUGGAGGACUGGACCCAUCCCUCGGGGAUCCGGUCGAACAGGUGACGUCAAUCUGGGAAGCAGAGUAAGAAGGCCAGGUUUUCACCCAUGUGCAGGGAAUCGGCGUCAAAGGGGUGCCUCCUCCAAGUCCGCACCUAGAACUGCACCAGGAGCCGAGGAAGCUGCAGGCUGGGGGCGCUCGGCUUUCCUUGGCGCACCGCCUUUUGCCUUAUGUCAGUACUUGUUAGACGCCUGCGGAAUGCAUUGGAUGAAAACCUAACCCAAUCUCCGAGAGAAAAUGAAAAAGGACAAUAUAUAUCUCCAUUUCAUGAUGUUCCAAUUUAUGCUGAUAAGGAUGUGUUCCACAUGGUGGUUGAAGUACCACGCUGGUCUAAUGCAAAAAUGGAGAUUGCUACAAAGGACCCUUUAAACCCAAUUAAACAAGAUGUGAAGAAAGGAAAACUCCGUUAUGUUGCGAAUUUGUUCCCUUAUAAAGGAUAUAUCUGGAACUAUGGUGCCAUCCCUCAGACUUGGGAAGACCCAGGACACAAUGACAAACACACUGGCUGUUGUGGUGACAAUGACCCAAUUGAUGUGUGUGAAAUUGGAAGCAAGGUAUGUGCAAGAGGUGAAAUAAUCACAGUGAAAGUUCUGGGCAUCUUGGCUAUGAUUGAUGAAGGGGAAACCGACUGGAAAGUCAUUGCUAUUAAUGUGGAUGAUCCUGACGCAGCCAAUUAUAACGAUAUUAAUGAUGUCAAGCGGCUGAAACCUGGUUACCUGGAAGCUACUGUGGACUGGUUUAGAAGGUACAAGGUUCCUGAUGGAAAACCAGAGAACCAGUUUGCUUUCAAUGCAGAAUUUAAAGAUAAGGACUUUGCCAUUGAUAUUAUUAAAAGCACCCAUGACUAUUGGAGAGCACUGGUGACGAAGAAAAUCGAUGGCAAAGGAAUCAGUUGCGUGAACACCACAGUGUCUGAGAGCCCCUUUAAGUGUGGUCCUGAUGCUGCCAAAGCCAUCGUGGAUGCUUUACCACCACCAUGUGAAUCUGCCUGCACAGUACCAACAGAUGUGGAUAAGUGGUUCCAUCACCAGAAAAACUAAGGAAAUUUCUCUGGAAUACAGGCUUACGUUACUGCAUCCUAUUCAUCUGGAAAGUAUUACAUGCAAAAGUAGUAGCUUUUCAAAGCUUUAAAUUUAUGGGACUCAUCUAAUUAAAGCAUAUUCUGCUGUGACCAAUCCAAUAUAUUCAACAAAUAUUCCAAUAAUAUAUGUUAUCCACUUAAAAGCAUUUUUCAUAUCUCAACUAAGAUAACUUUUAGGACAUGCGUAAAUAUUAAAGCAGUUGUUAUAAUUUGGAAGUCAUUUGUGAAUAAACGUGCAAGAUAAGUGGAUAUUGGAUGUAUAUGUUUACCGUGUGUUAGGAAAUAAAAUUAUUUUGCUGAAA